UGCACCACCUGGAGCAUGCUUCAAGUGUGGGCAAGAGGGCCACUGGGCGAAAUUCUGUCCUUCACCACGACCUCCACCUGGACCCUGCCCAAGGUGUGGGCAGCAUGGACCCUGGGGAGUCGAAUGCCCCUCCUCACCUCUACAAGAAAUGAGGGUGCCCAGGGCCGCUGGCUUCCCAACAACCAGCUCGUGGCGGAGCUCAGGGUGUGUUUCUAUGUAGCCGCCCGCUGCCUGAGAAGACUUCCUCCAGGCUUCAUCCAAGAGACUCGCUUCCUGCAGACGUCAUCUAAGGAUUCACACCUACCAAGGGACUCUGCUGCUCAAUGCCUUCUCUGGAAGGAAACCACAUUCUGCCCUUUUACCCCUAACGUCGAUGGCCCCUUGCCAGCAGGAAGUAGCCAGAGAGAAUCUGCGCCCCAUUUCAUGAUUAUUGAAAGGCUGGAAUGUAAGGCCCGCUCUUGGAUGGCGAGCAGACCCCGCCCAGUACCUGCAUUACCUAGGCAACUGGCACACCUGGAAGAGGUCAUAUCCGCAUCUGCUGAGGUCACAUCUGGAUCUGAUGUAGCCACGCCUUUCUCCCACUGGUCCCACCUCCCUGAUCCUGGCCACACCUUUCCCCGCCCCUACCCUAGAUAAGGCCUAACCCAGGGCCAGAUACCCUCUUUGCCAGUCAUGUGGAGUGCCAACCUGGCCUGGUUCCAGCAGGUCUACUGAAUAAACCUACCCCUCACCUGAA